CCGCCAUAGGACAAUUUCAGUCGGCGUGUUCUUUUGAACAAGAAGAACCGCUACGAAGCACGGGAGGAGAGCGGCCCAGUACGAUAAUUCAACGUUCAAGUCGAUAUUGAUGGAGUGGCAGCCAGAUGAGCAGGGACUUCAGCAGGUCCUCCAACUGCUCAAAGACUCACAGUCGCCCAACACAGUCACACAGAGAGCAGUCCAACAAAAACUUGAACAACUCAACCAAUUCCCAGACUUCAACAACUAUCUCAUCUUUGUUCUCACACGACUCAAAACUGAAGACGAGCCGACUCGCUCUCUGAGCGGUCUGAUACUGAAGAACAAUGUUAAGGCCCACUACCAAAAUUUCCCCUCCACUGUUGCUGACUUCAUCAAGCAGGAAUGUCUCAACAACAUUGGUGACCCCUCACCGCUCAUCCGUGCCACUAUUGGCAUCCUGAUCACUACUAUUGCCUCCAAGGGAGAGCUACAAACAUGGCCUGAGCUGCUGCCCCAGCUCUGCAACUUGCUCAACUCCGAUGACUACAACACCUGCGAGGGCUCGUUUGGAGCACUGCAGAAGAUCUGCGAGGACUCGUCGGAGCUGCUGGACAGUGAUGCUCUGAACAGGCCCCUCAACAUUAUGAUACCAAAAUUCCUCCAGUUCUUCAAGCACUGCAGCCCCAAGAUUAGGUCCCAUGCCAUCGCCUGUGUGAACCAAUUUAUCAUUGGCCGAGCCCAGGCCCUAAUGGAAAACAUUGACACCUUCAUAGAGAGCCUGUUUGCGCUGGCAGCAGAUGAGGACUCUGAGGUUCGAAAGAACGUCUGCCGAGCCCUGGUCAUGUUACUGGAGGUCCGCAUUGACCGCCUCAUCCCCCACAUGCACAGCAUCAUCCAGUACAUGCUGCAGAGGACCCAGGACCCCGACGAGAACGUGGCUCUGGAGGCGUGCGAGUUUUGGCUGACUUUAGCGGAGCAACCUAUCUGUAAGGAGAUGCUGUCUGGACACCUGGCGCAACUGACACCUAUCUUGGUAAAUGGGAUGAAGUAUUCAGAGAUAGACAUCAUUCUAUUAAAGGGCGAUGUGGAGGAGGACGAGGCAGUACCAGAUAGCGAUCAGGACAUUAAGCCCCGUUUCCACAAGUCGCGCACUGUCACUCUGCAGCAUGAAGGAGGAGAGGGGGAAGAGGGCGAGGACAUCGAAGAUGACGAUGACGAUGAUGACGACUCACUGUCAGACUGGAACCUGCGAAAGUGUUCAGCUGCAGCCCUGGACGUGCUGGCCAAUGUGUUUCGUGACGAGCUGCUGCCCCACCUCCUGCCGCUCCUGAAAGGCCUGCUCUUCCACCCCGACUGGGUCAUCAAGGAGUCUGGCAUCCUGGUUUUGGGGGCAAUAGCUGAGGGUUGCAUGCAGGGCAUGGUGCCCUACCUACCGGAGCUGAUCCCCCACCUUAUCCAGUGUCUCUGCGACAAAAAGGCCCUGGUGCGCUCCAUUGCCUGUUGGACCCUGAGUCGCUAUGCACAUUGGGUGGUCUCCCAGCCCCCUGACUCCUACCUCAAACCCCUUAUGACAGAGCUUCUUAAACGCAUCCUGGAUGGCAACAAGAGGGUGCAAGAGGCUGCUUGCAGUGCGUUUGCUACCCUAGAAGAGGAGGCGUGCACAGAGCUGGUGCCCUACCUGAGCUUUAUCCUGGACACACUGGUGUUUGCCUUUGGGAAGUACCAGCACAAGAAUCUCCUCAUUCUCUAUGAUGCCAUAGGAACUCUAGCAGACUCAGUGGGUCACCACCUCAAUCAGCCUGAGUAUAUUCAAAAGUUGAUGCCCCCCCUUAUUGGCAAGUGGAAUGAGUUGAAAGAUGAAGACAAGGAUCUCUUCCCGCUACUAGAGUGUCUGUCGUCAGUAGCAACCGCCCUGCAGAGUGGGUUUCUGCCUUACUGUGAGCCUGUCUAUCAGCGCUGUGUCACACUAGUCCAGAAGACACUAGCUCAGGCUAUGAUGUACAACCAGCAUCCAGACCAGUACGAGGCUCCUGACAAGGAUUUUAUGAUUGUGGCCUUGGAUCUGCUGAGCGGCCUGGCUGAGGGUUUGGGGGGUCAUGUGGAACAGCUAGUGGCCCGCUCGAACAUCAUGACCCUGCUUUUCCAGUGCAUGCAGGAUACUAUGCCUGAGGUGAGGCAAAGCUCCUUCGCUCUGCUGGGUGAUCUAACCAAGGCGUGUUUCCUCCAUGUUAAGCCCUGCAUUGCUGAGUUCAUGCCCAUCCUGGGGCUCAACCUGAACCCAGAGUUUAUUUCAGUGUGUAACAAUGCCACCUGGGCCAUUGGAGAGAUCUCCAUGCAAAUGGGGGCAGAGAUGCAGCCGUAUGUGGGAAUGGUUCUGCCACACCUGGUUGAGAUCAUCAAUAGACCCAACACGCCCAAGACUCUGCUGGAAAACACAGCCAUUACGAUUGGCAGACUGGGUUAUGUCUGUCCCCAGGAGGUGGCACCACAGCUGCAGCAAUUCAUUAGACCAUGGUGCACAUCGUUGAGGAAUAUCCGAGAUAACGAGGAGAAAGACUCCGCCUUCAGGGGAAUCUGUGUGAUGAUUGGCGUCAACCCUGCAGGAGUGGUGCAGGAUUUCAUAUUCUUCUGUGACGCUGUGGCCUCCUGGGUCAACCCCAACGACGACCUGAGAGACAUGUUUUACAAGAUCUUGCAUGGCUUUAAGGAUCAGGUCGGGGAAGACAACUGGCAGCAGUUCUCGGAGCAGUUCCCUCCUCUGUUAAAGGAGCGCCUGUCGGCCUGCUACGGCGUCUAACCCAACCUCCUUGUCCACACAGGACAUCAACCUGUUAGGUUAAUGUAGGGGAGGGUUACUGGGGAAUUCCUUGCACUGCCCGGAUUGUGGGGAGAAACGAGAGCUUGAGGGAUGUGACUGGCUUUGACCCUCCACUCAGCAAUGGUCCCCUUUCCCCCUGCUCCCUGUGUGUCUCUCUGAGGGAGGGAGGAGGUGGGUGUGGGAGGGUAAACUGGGGAUAUACAUAUACCUCUCGGAUUAAAUGCCUCACUAAAUCCAACACACUCAAAAGUGACUUUCGCCAACACCACCACAGAUAUCCUAGGCAGGUGAGGCUGUCUUUGACCGCCCCCUCCUUAAUUUGAUUAUUUUGUUAAGAUAGGUGAAGGAGAGGGGGAGGGAUGGGGAUAGUGGGUUGGCAGAUGGGUACAUGAAAAAGGAAUUAUCUGAACCAGCAUAGGGUGCCACAGUCCCAAACACCACAAUGCACGUAGUCAGUAGACUCACAUUUAGACGUGUUCAAACAGGCUCGUGCCAGAGGCUGAAAAACCACAAAACAAAAGCUUUUACUAUGUAACAAUGCAGGAAAUGUGCACAAUUUGUGUGCACCAUUUAUGGCGAAAUUGCAUAAACCAUUUGGUGUGCGCAUACAUGGGUCUUAUCCUUUUUUCACACGUACAUUUAGCUAAAUUUAAUUUCCUUUCCCUCGAUUACUGAAUUCCUUUCGAAUUAAAGGUCUCUUUUACCCCAAACGUCAUUUGAGGGGGAAAAAAGCAGUAGGUCUGUCGUCUAAGGUUUAACCACCGCCGCACCAAGUUAUUGCAUGGCAUAUGAUCACCUCUUAAGUGACGCAUGUUAAAGUGAAUGUCUUGUUGCUCACUUGAUUCAUUACAUUUAUGUCGUCCGUAUGGGGAGGCUGCCAUAAAUGGAAGCUGUCAGGUGCUUGGUUAGUUUGUCCUCCCAUUCAUACAUAUUGUCUAAUCAAUGUCCCUUUAGUUUAAUGGAGGCUGUGUGUGAAGACCAACAAUAGGUAGAUAAAUACAGCAAUCAGACUCGUGUCUGAUUGUUUGGAGAGUCAAUCUCUGCAACAAGAGUUCAAAUACUGUAGGUAAGUCAAGAAUCCUUUUUGCUGCUGCUUCGUUUUGAAACUUUACAAAACAGACUUAAUGUGAGCGAUAAGACAUCACCAAGAAUGAAUUGGUUCUUACUAAUAUAAAUGCACUUUCUUUUGUAAGAAAUUUAGAAUUUCAAAUGUAAGACAUACAGUUAUAAUAUACUGAUCUUGAGAUCUUUUUUCCAUAAGUGAUUUUAGGAUUGUUAAUGGCUUGCUAAAGUAAGCAUAAUGAUGAUAUUGUUAAGCAAUGGUAAAGUGACUAAGUAAGACUCGAGGCCUAUUAACAUACCAGUAGUUUUAUAAUUUAGCUCCUCCUAAAAUGGAUUGAAUAGGAUUUAAGAGGGAGACGUCUCGGUUACAGUAUUCUGGAUCUGUGUUCCAUUACAUCACUCAAUCCAUAUCUGUAGUAGAGUGUCCCCGUCUUUCUCAUCCAAGUAUUUUGUUAAACGAUGGCUCCUUGAGCCGUCAAACCUUCUCCUGAUCAUGAACAUUGCAUGCUUUUCAAUGAGUCUUGCUACUUUUUUAGUCAUUUUUUUAACCGGUCCAUUUGGAGAGAUCUACCUUAUAAGAGCUUUGUCAAUGGUAAUGCAACUUGCUGGAUUAAUAAGAUAGUUCUCCAGCUUCUGAUCAAACUUGUUAUAGUUGCCAUAUGUUCACCCGUUGAUACUGUGUAGGAUUUGACUGGGAAUACACUGACGCUGAGUCCUAAUAAUUCUCCCCUGACACUUGUUAGCUUAUGCAAAAGAGUGGUGGUCUUUAUCCAGCUUUAUAUUUCAGUCAUUGUCCUUAUUGGACGGUUGUAAUGAACGUAUGUAUGGCUGUUUGGUGUUUUACUAUAAAGGUGUGAAUGUGAUGUAAUUUUGCACCAGGCCUACCAUAAAGUUAUGUCCAGGGCAUAGUUUGAUGCCUGAGUUGAUGUGGCCACUGUGAGUGUCAACAGUUGCCUGCCAGUUAACAGCAGUUUGAUAGUAGUUUGCUCAAAUUUCCUAAAACGAAGACCAUCACUGAUGGGAACAAUACCAAAAUCUGUUCCAGAAUAAAUGUGUAGUUUCCUCAGAUCUCUACAGAGUGGAUGCUGAUGCCAUCUCCCCCAGGAUUAACUGGUAGGCAAGCAUUAAGAUUUGAGGCCGCCACUCACAUGCUGGACAAAUGAGUUCUUGGAGCUGCUCCUGUGCCACAAAUUGGUAAAAAGUUAAGGCUUUGCCACUCCUCACUUUUUUGUGAUACAUUUAGCUAUAUACAGAAAUGCAAGUUGUCCACAGGUUUUUUUAUUUUAUUUUUUAUUUUGAUGCUCAUGUGACAGGUUUUUAUUUUGUUUUUGUUUUUAUUUUUGUGCACCAGUGCACAAAUUCUUUUGGACUUUAAAAGUUUUUUUCCAGUUUUUUUUUUUUUUAUUCUUUUUAUUUAAAGAAUUAUUUGUUUUCGUUGUUUUAUAGCGGACCAUUUGAUUAUGUCAAAUUUGAUGUUGUGGUUGGACUGAAGGAGAGUCGGUGCUUGGUGCAUACCUUUCAAUUCAUAACUUUGUUUCAAUCUAAUAUCAAGGCUGGCAAUUGAAUUUGAUGUAGUACCUUUUUUCUUUGCUCAACUGUGGUGCAGACGGGAUGUUAUCAGACGUAUCCCUUUUUAUUUAAUUUUUUUGUUAAUAGGGGAAAAUAAAAAUUUUUUUCUAUUAA